AUGGCGAAUACAGGAAUCUUUCUUGUUGGUGAAAAAGUGUUUUCAGUGCUAACUGUGUUCCUGGUUUUAAGUGGUGCUCUUUCAAUGAAAUGUUCUUCAAAAUCCGGAAAUCGUUUUUCCGCUUCGGUGCUGUGGGACCAGAGAGAAAAUUAUGAAAUUGACACCACCUGUCCAUGUGUUGCCAUGACAACGACCCUUCCUCAGUGCCACAUUCACCACCUCGUCACUAAAAUCAAUCACGUGACAUCAACAUUACAAAAGAGAUAUAGGUCGUUUCAACUAUCCAUCGCAUCUCCACAACCACCGCCUUGCACUGACUUGAGACACCACCACCACGCUAAUGCACCACAUAACUCAGACCUGUCUGUUCUUUUGAUUGAAUCCUAUAAAACGCUAUCUCUAGUCACGUUGAAUGUAGCCGUCGUUCAAAGACACAACAACUCCAGAAUACAGGAUCUCCCUACGUCGGAGCUCGGCGGAGUGUUGUGCUACAUGAAGCGGCUUCUGUUUGCUAAUGACGUCACUUCCGCCGUGACCGGACACAGCGUCACCGUAGAACCUAUGGAUAUCAGUCAGAUCGUCCCAUUUACUUGUCAAACCCUGAAAGAUAGCAUCCAUCUUCUAAAACAAGUGAAAACAAACAUUCUUGAAACAUUUUACAGUCGUCUUAACUAAAUCC